GCGAAGCACUUGUGUCUGUUUCAUACAACACCACAGCGGCGAUACAGCACCAUAUACGCAUUAGCCUACAAGUGAUGAUGUCUGCCCCGUGUAUGUGCUUCUGUCACAAUUUCAUUCCUUGAUACGCAUCAUUCCGAAAAGGACCAACAUCCCCAUCUUACUGAAGACGACUAAAGCUUUUGGUGAUAAUGAAGAAAUAAACAACUCCUUCACAACCCUCCAUCACACACCUCCAAUACAGAGUCUUUAUCCGACAGUCCACCUUUAAGCCCUCAGAACUAAACUGCCUCCCGCUACCAGCCCAAAGACAUUCUGCCCCACUGCUGCUCUCUGCUCUCUGCUUUAUCAAAUGCCCAAAAACAGCAAGGCCGUCAAGAGAGAGCUUGACGACGAUGUCACAGAGUCUGUCAGGGACCUGCUAUCCAAUGAGGACACGUGUGAUGAUUCCUUCAAGAAGAGCUCGCUGAUUGUGGGUGGCAGCGGAGGUGCUGGGGAAGGAAAGGACCUUAAUGGAGACAUGGACGUGGAGGAUGGAGGCUCGGACGCAGAGGAUGAUGCAGCGAGACCAGCCUGGAACAGCAAGCUGCAGUACAUCCUGGCCCAGGUGGGCUUCUCUGUAGGCCUGGGCAAUGUCUGGAGAUUCCCCUACCUGUGUCAGAAGAACGGAGGGGGGGCGUACCUGGUUCCCUACCUCAUUCUGCUGAUUGUGAUUGGCAUCCCCCUGUUCUUCCUGGAGCUGUCAGUGGGGCAGCGGAUCCGCAGGGGCAGCAUCGGGGUGUGGAACUACAUCAGUCCUCGCCUGGGGGGCAUCGGUUUCGCCAGCUGUGUGGUGUGUUUCUUUGUGGCCCUCUACUACAAUGUGAUUAUAGGGUGGAGUCUCUUCUACUUCUCCCAGUCCUUCCAGCAGCCUCUGCCAUGGCACGAGUGUCCCCUGGUCAAGAACAAAACCACUACGUACGUAGUGCCUGAGUGUGAGAAGAGCUCGGCCACCACGUACUACUGGUACCGUGAGGCUCUGAACAUCUCUGACUCCAUCUCUGAGAGCGGAGGCCUCAACUGGAGGAUGACCAUCUGUCUGCUGGCUGCCUGGUCCAUGGUCUGCCUCGCCAUGAUCAAGGGCAUCCAGUCCUCUGGGAAGGUGAUGUACUUCAGCUCGUUGUUCCCUUACGUGGUGCUGAUCUGUUUCCUGGUUCGGGCUCUGCUCUUGAAAGGCUCUGUGGACGGCAUCCGACACAUGUUUACCCCCAAGUUGGAGAUCAUGCUGGAGGCCAAGGUGUGGCGUGAGGCGGCCACGCAGGUCUUCUUCGCCCUGGGCCUGGGCUUCGGAGGCGUCAUAGCCUUCUCCAGCUACAACAAGCGGGACAACAACUGCCACUUUGACGCAGUGCUGGUCUCCUUCAUCAACUUCUUCACCUCUGUGCUGGCCACCCUGGUGGUGUUUGCUGUGCUCGGCUUCAAGGCCAACAUCAUGAACGGCAAGUGUGUCGCGCUGAACACUAAGAAGAUAGUGGGUUUGCUGGGGAACGAGAUCAGCCGUGAUCUGAUCCCCCACCACAUCAACUUCAGCGCCACUGUGAGCGCUGAGGACUACCAAAAGAUGACUGUGCUCAUCAGAGAGGUGAUGGAGAAGGAUUACCAGCUUCUGGGUCUGGGCUCCUGUAGUAUCGAGGAAGAGCUCAACAAGGCAGUGCAGGGUACAGGCCUGGCCUUCAUCGCCUUUACAGAGGCCAUGACCCACUUCCCUGCGUCUCCCUUCUGGUCUGUCAUGUUCUUCCUGAUGCUGGUUAACCUGGGCCUGGGCAGCAUGUUCGGAACCAUCGAAGGCAUCAUCACACCCCUGGUGGACACCUUCAAAGUCCGCAAGGAGUUCCUCACAGUGGGCGUCUGUCUGCUGGCCUUUUUCAUUGGCCUGCUGUUCGUCCAACGUUCUGGGAACUACUGGGUGGCCAUGUUCGAUGACUACUCUGCCACACUGCCUCUGCUCAUAGUGGUCAUCCUGGAGAAUGUGGCUGUUGCUUGGGUCUAUGGGACUGACAAGUUCUUUGAGGAUCUGAAGGACAUGCUGGGCUUCACUCCGUUCCGGUUCUACUACUACAUGUGGAAGUACGUGACCCCCCUGCUGCUCAUCCUGCUGCUGGGCUCCAGUGUGAUCCAGCUGGGAAUGACCCCACCCAGCUACAGCGCCUGGAUCAAGGACCUGGCCAGUGAGAAAUCCCUGAGCUACACUCCGUGGGGCCUGGCGGUCUGUAUCUCCCUGGUGGUAAUGGCCAUCAUGCCCGUGCCCGUGGUGUUCUUCCUCCGCUACUUCAACAUCAUCGACGAGAACGCCGGCGUCGUCUCCACCAUCUCAUACAAGAAGGGCUGCAUCAUCCAGGAGAUAGCCAGGCCCGAGGAGGAGGACGACGCCAGCCUCAUCCAUGCCAAGUCGCCCUCGCCCAUGCCCGGCAACAGCAUCUACCGCAAGCAGAACGGAGGGGUUCCCGAUUCCACCCCCAACGGCCGAUAUGGUAUUGGUUACUUGAUGGCCGACAUGCCGGACAUGCCCGAGUCAGACUUAUAGCAUGUUGUUUCUGGUACUCCGCCCUACUGGCUGGCCAACCAAUCCCUCUUUUGCGUGCGUUUAGUCGUGGGAAUCGUCAUCUGCAUAUUUUUACUCUUAUAUUUUUACUGUAUAUUCUUUAUAGAUAUCGUAGCUGCUCCCCUUCAUGUUGUCCUUUUCCCGUUUUGCUGUAAAAACAACUAAAAAGGUGUGCACAAUGUAUACUGUACAUACUAUCUCCUUUUGUCUUCCCCACCCAGUCCUUCCUUGGCUCAGUCCCAAAUGGAACCCCUCAGCCCCGUCCUGAAGCUCUUAGUUGACAAGACAGUACAGUAUUGGUGUAAGCAAUAAGGUGGACACUCCACCAAGCCUGCUAUAGUUGCUCAACAAGGGACUUAGGCUAGGGACAAGUGAAGAUUAGGUUUGGGGUUAAUUCCAUUUCAAUUCAGGAAGUAAACUGAAAUUAAAAAUGUUCUCAUAGAGGAAGCGAUGUGAAUUUUUCAGUUUACUUCCUGAAUCACCAAAUUGAAAUGGAAUUGACCCCAAACCUGAGGGAUAGAUUUGGGACUGGGCCUUUUGUCUGUCUCUGGAAGAUGCAGGUUGAGUGUUGUCCCCCCUGGUCCUGCUGUAGAAUGCCUGUGUACAUUAUGACCUCACCUCUGGCCCAGAGUUCUGAGAUUAAUAGCAGCGCAGCCUCUUUGGGUGACAUACGUGUUGGCAAUGAUGCAAUACUGACCACAUUUCUUUAGUGUAAGUACAAUAUAGUGCAAACAGCAAAAGGAUGGCAUUGAAACUGAACCCUCCCAACCAAACCCCCCCCAAAAAUGUGCCUAAAUAACUUAUGAUAUUUGUUUAUAGAAUACAUGGUGGACGUUGUAUAUUUAAGGUAUUCUGUAAAUAUAAAUAUUAUAAAUAUUAUAAAUAUAUUUAGCCUAUCUGAAUAGUUUGGAUAUCAGAACACCUUGUUUUUUGGAAAGAAGUGCUUCAAAUCCUUACAGCUGAUUCCAUUUUUUGUUUACUGAUGUGCUGUCAAUCUAUGUAGAGGUUUGACCCCUCUUGAUAAACUUGUAAAUAUUUUUUUCCUCCAUGAAAUGGCUUCAUAACGCAAUGUAUUUUUUCCCCCUGUUGAAAUUAAAGAUCAAACUUGGUCCAUACUGGGCACUAAUGUC